AUGGCUUACCUAGCACCUAACCAAACUGCUUACCUAGCACUUAACCAAGAGGCUUACCUAGCACCUAACCAAACUGCUUACCUAGCACCUAACCAAGAGGCUUACCUAGCACUUAACCAAAUGGCAUACCUAGCACCUGACCAAACUGCUCACCUAGCACCUGACCAAAUGCCUAUCCUAAGAUGUAACCUACUCGCUGCUUUGUCAUCUCCCUUCUCCGUUUGUCGCCUUGCCUGGAUUGAGGCUGCGGACGCCGCCGUUAAGGCGGCUAAGGAGAAGGCGGAAGAUGUACAUGGGAGGUUGGAUCAUAAUAAAAACGAUGCUUCAGGGACCGUGAUUGGUCAGGGGAUUGGUAAAAUUGAGGAAGCUAAAGACAAAGUUAAGCAAGUUGACAAAAAGCUCAGUCAGCAUAUUGAUGAGUUGGGAACAUGGAAAUCUGCGGCGCACAGUGUCCUUUCCACAGCGGUUGAAAAGGCAGAAGAGGUGCGUGGCAAGUUGAACCCAGAUGGUAAGGAUCCUAUUGGUCAGAACAUUGAUAAGAUUCACACUUCCAACGAAGCGAUUAAAGAAGCAAAUGAGGACCUUAAAAGCCAUGUCGACAGUCUGAGUACAUGGAUCUCCACCGCCGAGGACAUCCGUGCCAAGGCCCAGCAAAAAGCAGAAGAUGCUUACAAGAAAUUGGACGUUAACGCUGAAUUGAGCAACAAUGUCAAGAAGAUUGUAGAUGCUAAUAAGGCAAUUGAAGGAGUUCAUAAAAGUCUGAAUGGUGUCCACGGCAAUUUGGAAACGUGGAAUGCGGAGGCCAAGAAAGUGCUUCAAGGGGCGAUUGAAAAGGCAACGGAAGUUCAUGAUGCGUUGGAAGAUAAGAGUAAGUCACUUGGUGAAAAUAUUGACAAAAUUGACAGUGCUGGAAAGCAAAUUGAGAAGGCAAAUUCAGAGCUUGGCAACCAUGUUAAGGAUUUGACGAGUUGGAACUCUGCCGCCCAGGGUGUUAUUGGCAAGGCGGAGGGGAAGUGUAAUACAAUUUUGGAGAAAGUUAGUACCACAAAUCCCCAAGGUCCGAUUUUUCAGAAUGCUCAAACUUUAGAAAGUAAGGGAAUAAAACUUUUGGAUGCGGUAACUAAGGCUAAAAAGGCUGUUGAGGAGAAUGUCACCGAGGCGUUGCAGGCUGUUGUGACCAUGGACGGAGAUCUCAAGAGGGAUUUGAGGACAGUGAGAGAGGAGAUUAAGAGAGGGAUAACGGAAGUUAUUACAUCUUUGAGGGUUAAUGAUUUGGGUGAUCUGGUGAAAGGGGAUUUGAAGACGUUGAAGGAGAAUAUUAGUGAGCUUGCAAAUGGUAUGGAAGGUAAUGACAAACAUCCAUUAGUUGAAAGUGCGUUGUCUCAGCUUAAAGAACAGAAAGAUAAGCUGAAUGUUCUUGCUGGGCCAAACGGUUCAAUUAAGAAGGAGACGGACGGGCUUCAAGAUAAGUUUGAGAAUGCGAUCCAACAGCCGCUUAAGACGUUGACUGAGAAUGUUGACAAGGCGAUUGAGGUGCUUGGCGGGAAUUUUGGUGUAAGUGGCGAAGAAGAUAAAAAGAAACUUGAGAAGAUUUUCGGGCAUAUUAAAGGAAAGGUUGCGGAGAUUAAGGGGAAUGGAGGUUCAGGUUGGGAAAAUACAGGUGGCAAAGGCCUGGAUGGAAUUAAGUCCAAGGUGAAUUUUUAUUUUGGUGAGUUCAGCGAGGAGUAUAAGUUUAACCAAAUUGUGAAAGGCUGGAUUGAAAAGACUAUUAUGCCGCAUAACGGUUUGGUCAGUGAUAGGAUUAAGAACAAGAUUUUUGGAGGGAGUACAAGUAACGCCAUCCAGAAUAUCGCAAAUGGUUUUAAGGAACAGCUUAAGAUCCAAGCAGAUGCAGCCGGUGGAGUGGUUCAAGCAAAAAAUGGCUCUGGUGGAGAUAUUGCAAAAAGCAUCCAAGCUGUGAAGGCAGGCUGCGAGGCAUUCGCCGAUGAUCUUGACGGGAAACUGAAGGAACCGGACAGUGCUACUUCUGGCAUAGUCUCUAAGGUUAAGGAAAAGUUGACAAGUUACAUAAAACGCGACGCAAAAUGCAUAUGCUAUUGCAGUCACUGCAGAGGCACAGAGUGUAAGCAAAACUCUGUCACCGCUGUCAUCCUGGGUGCACUCGCCGCCGUGUCCCGUCAGGUGGGCAACGAACUGAAUUCAGUGUUUCUCAGCCCCGAUAGCGCAAACAUCGCUGGCAUCCUGGACACUAUCACGCCGAUUGCUGAGGAACUUGAUGAGAAGCUUAAAGCGGCGACAAACAAUUCCCUUCCUCCCCCCGGCCAAAAGGAAAGCCCCGCCCAAGCCGUGGACAAGAGGUUGGGUGAAGUGAGGAAUGAAGUUAGUACAGAAAUUGAAAGGAAGUUUAGAGAUGAAGUCACAAGAGAUCUUAAAAGUGCAGUUGGUGGCCUUGAAGAAGCAGUUAACCAGUUCGACGGCGAAGCUCAAAAGCAGAUCAAGAAUGCGGCCAGGACGGCGAUUGACAAGGCGGCUGAGCAGAUUAAGGAGGAAAAGAGUCCAAUUGUGCUUGGCCAAAAUAAGCUUAUGGAGCAAUUCAACACUCAGUUUACUACUAUUAAAAGUAGUCUCGAACAUCAACUCAAGCAGCAAGUUAACAAUCACAUUAGGGAGGAUGAUCCGCCAGGCCUGGCAGGUGGUCAACAACAGAAAUUCAUUCUUGCUAAACAAUAUUUUACAGGUUAUGAUAACCAUGUUAAACAAGAAGCAAUUAAUAAACUUAGUCCCGGUGGAACUCUAACCGGCAAGCCAGAUGAAGGCCAUCUUCCACAGGCGAUCGGGAACAUCAAGAAUCAGGGUCUGGCAGAGCUUAAAAUCAUUGAUCCACCAGGAGGUACUGGUAAAAUAGAUACCAAUACCUUCACCGUUCCGUUCACCCAAAUUCAGACAGAGCUUGACGAUAUCAAGAAAUUGGUUGAGAAUAAGCAGGGGACUCCACCAGGCGGUAAGCCAAACGGCGCGAAGGACUACCUGGGGGACUUGAGAGGGAUGGUUACUCAGAAUGGUGAGUGUACUCUUAAGUCUGAUGUAGACCCACAGUACCAACAAGUCCAAGGCCUCGACGCAAUUCACUCCAAGAUCCACGGCCUGCAAACAGGGACGCUUGGCACUAAACCCGCUGCAAUCGAGGAAGCCGUCCAAGAAAUUAGGAAGGAGCUUGGAGAGCUUAGACAGAAGUUGAAGAAUGAGAAAGAUCAAGAUGUCAUUGAAAGGUUAAAGGAUCUGAGAGACAGUGGACUUGGUGGCCAUUGGAAUGAUAAGAAUGGAGAUUGGAGAGAAAGCAAGGGACUAAAAGUAAUACAACACCGACUUGAAAUUCAAAAUUACAAGUUACCUGAGCAGACGGCAAAAAUCGAAAACGCGAUAAACGAAAUUAAUCGGCAACUUCAUCUAAUAGGAUACAAGUUGGAUCACCCCGUGGAGUAUGACGAUGUCAUAGACCGAUUGACAUGGUUGGGGAGGAAAAUUGGUAGAAGUGAGAAAGGAUAUCGUUAUAAUCUUGAAGACAUUUAUCAGAUGAUUAAAUGGCUGCAGGAAGAACAUUUUAUUAAUUUACCCGAUGCAAUUGGCACAGCCAACUCAGCAAUCAAGGAAGCACUCAAAGCGCAGAUGAGCACGCUGGACACUGACGUCAUCAAGACGCUGACCAAUUUAAUGACCACGGGGCUGAGUGAUCAGGCAAGUUGGCAGCCUAGUGGACACGAAGCAGCAAAGGGCUUUGACCAUAUUAUUAGUGAGCUCAACACUCAACAAGGCAUAUUGACCACCCAGCCAGGAGACAUCAGCGGUGGCGUUCAGAAGAUCACCGUAGAGCUUGACGCUCUGAGGAAGCAGUUGCAGGGUAAGGAUGCCGGUGAGCCAAAAGAAAGAGGCGUGAUAAGGAAUAUGGAGUUAAUGAUAAAGCAGAUUGGGAAAGGUAAAGGAAAUGGACUUGAAUGCAUUGAAAAAGCAAUUGAAGAGCUUAACAGGGAGACAGUCCCGAAGGUGAGUGAGUACGUUGAUAAGCUCUGUGCAGAAAUAAGGCUGCAAGCAAGGGAUGCCAAAUUCUUUUUGGAGUCACUGGAGGAGGGAAGCAUAAAUGAGAGACUCAGCAAAAUCACAAAUGACAUUCACACCCUCAGCACCGAUGACCUCCAGGAGGCAAUAAGGAUGUGCACUGAUUUCCUCAGGGACGCCGACUACAUAAAAUGGGAGAAAGUAGAAAACAUUGAACGCUUCGUAGACAGUGAGAUUGAAAAGGCAAUCGCGGAGCUCAGCAAGCAGGCGCGGCGGGACUACGUGGAGUCCGCCAGGGACGCGCUGAAACACUUCGCCGACAAGGUGGCCGAGGAGCUGCGGGAGCUGCCUGGGGACAUCGAACAUGACUUGACGAUCGGAUUUAAAGGGUUCAUGGCCAAAUUAGAAAAUGGGUUUGUUAAGAACAUCCAAAAAAUAAAUGGCAUCGAUUUCAAGGACUUUAAAAAUAGGUCUCCGCUCAGCCAGGUGGCCGAGAAGGUCAGCGAAGCCGUACAUGGAUUUUUCCCCGAACUCAUGCAACAGGAGGAAUUUUUAAAUGGUGGAUUCCCGAAGUCGUCGGAUCCCGUUAAUCCCAAGAACUUGACGGAUGAACAAGUUGAGACUCUGGAGUCCAUGCCGGCGAAUAUGCUGCAAUUCAUGUCACUCAUCGACGCGCUCGACGAUCUAAUUCAGUACAUCGAAGCAGGCGGCCAUUUCGAUUUCCCGUUCACAGCGCCACUCAACAGCCUCAAAAAGCAACUCGGAGCAUUCACCUAUGAUGCGUAUAAUGACGGUCAGAGAGCUUUAUUACGUCCGCUGAAAAACGGUAUUAAUAACAUACAUGUUGAACUGGGCAACGCCUAUAUAAGCACUUACUCUGGCCAGGAAUUCACUGCUGCGUUGGUGGAGCCUGAGAGUGCCGGCAAAAACGCUGCGCAAAGUACCGACCUGAUAUCCUGGCAAAACAGCAAAUUGACGCCUUACGGCGAGAAGCUGUGUAAGGUCUUCCUCUCCCUCCUGCCGAUACUUGGCGCAUCACUCGCCGAGUUGAGGCUCAACUGCAGGAGCCUCGCCGGCCAGCGUCUCAACUCAUCCACUGAUCUCGGCAGGCUCCUCGCUGACCAAGGCUACAGAGUCCCGGACGACGGCCAGCGCAGCGGCGAGUUGGACAGCCACGUGACCGGUAGGAAAAUUACCAUGCUCCUCGUCGGCGAUUAUAAGCGUGUCUUCAACACUGACAAUGACACUAAAAAUGCACUCGGAAUUCUUCUCGAAUGUCUCAAUGAUUAUUACGCCGCCUGCCACUACGCCACACUCUCCUCCACCAGGUCGCCGUGCAACGUCUACGAGAUGCUCGUAUGGCUGACAGGCCUCCCGCACAACUGUGUCUACGAUAAGCUCUGUAAAUUCACGAAACUGUGUUACGACGAGCAGACUGAGAAUAGCCUCUAUGCCGCCACUUUCCCUGCCGACGCCUUGGUUAAAGCCGUUGGGAGGCUCACCGCCGACUGUCCCAGUAUCCUCACCAGGGUGCUCGGCUUUGGUGACGCUAUGACAACCUACGCCUGUGACUUUCAUAACAACUCCACGCAACUGUAUUACCCGCAGGACGGUGAGGACUGCCUGCACUUGCUGUUUCACUUGCUACGUGUAUUGCUCUCAGUGCUCAGGUUCCUGUCAACUCUAUGCUCACUCCCUGUUCAUCACGGCGGCUGGGCGGAGUGCAGGUACGGCAAGGGUGUCCCACCAUACACGUGGCAGUGCAGUCUUCCGGUCACCGCCCUGCCUACCCCUCACCCGGAGUGCACUGAUAAAUCGCCGUUGAUGUCAUACCUCAACGACUGCCUGCCCGGUCACCUGCCUCACCAGGUCGCCGCCAUCGGCUGUGAGCCUAAAUGCAACACCUGUCCCAGUGGACCAGAUGGCACGCCCUGCCUUACGCCCCUCGGCUUCCGGGGUUUCUCUGGUAGCACCAAGACGGGCAAGCAGCUGUGCAGAGUGCUGACCAAACUCUUCACCAACGAGCAUCUCUCACCGCUGCUCAGCCUCUGUCCCAGGCCGCCGGCCACCCUGGCUGAGCACAUAGGCUUCGCCCUGUCACUCGUCAACGACUGGCACGACGGCAAUAUUGUGCCCAAGAAUUCCCUCCAACAGGCCCUCGAGGCAUCCGCCACGGACUUGUCACUUCGCCUCUACAACCAAACCGGUGACCUGACCGCAGCGCUCACCGCCGCCUACGGCUCGGACUCCGCGAAACACGGCGGCUGCAAGCACCCGCACCUGACGCAUCUCGCAGGCACUGACGUCUGCACCAGGCACCAAGCUUCGCCUUUCCUCCAAGCCCUCUGCCGCGACUCCUACGACAGCCUCGCCCACCGACACUCAGGCCUCUACCUCUCAUGGGCCGUCUACCUCCCGUGGACGUUCUAUGAUCUGUUGCAGUGUCUAUACACCGCGUUCAAGGAAAUCUCCUGCCGGGACUGGAGCUGCGAUGCGUGCCUUCACGAAGGCCCCUGUGAUCCAGACAGCCACGGCGUCCUAAACCCCAAGGCACCCGUCCACGGCUGCCGAUGCCCUUCCAUCGUCCAAUGCACGGGCGUGAUGCCGACGCUCUACCAAUACGGCCUCACCUUCAAGGACGCACCGGCCUUGAUAUCGCAAAACACAACUUGCUUUAGCUUCUCCACGCAGCUCUCCCAAGUCCUCCACUCUGAGUAUUUCAGAGAUCUCUUCCACAAGUGUGAUGAGUUCCUCUGGCACAUCAGGAUGCCCUUCCUCUUCACCAUCGUCACACUCUGGCUCAUCGCCACGCUCUACAUCGCCCACUCACUCCUCUACCGCAUGGACGUGCUACGCAUCCGCUCCCACCUCCUCACCACCAGGGCCUCACACCUCAUCGACGUCAAGGCGCUGCUCGCCGGAAGCCGCAGGAUGCUCUCACUCUACAAGGACGUCGAUUACUUCGACGAUGACUUUCACUCGUGA